AUGUAUGCAAGUUCAUCAACCCGAUUAGUUUUUAAAUUCGUAUUUCACAGUUCGUUUAACGCAUUUAUCGUACCCGUUCUUUUAGCACUAUCACCUGAAUUGAAAUCGACACCGAACAGUUUUGUGCCAAAUAAUUUUAUGAGAUCAACUGUUCAACAAUUUUUGCUGGACGUGCCCGGCCGCGUCCAAAACACCAACAGUCUAGUUGAACUCUAUUGCAUAGUCAAAUACGUGUUAAGAGCAUAUGAUUUAUAUCUAUCCGCUGAAAUAACCAGCAAUGAUAAUUACCCAACUUCUGCGUCCAGUGCUGCGCUUGCAGCCCCAAGAGAUGGAGAUUGUCUUAAACUGGAACAAGAUAAAUUUGAUGUCGAUCAAGCAUAUUUUGAUGAGGUUGGCGGAAAACAAAUUGACACGUUCACAUCAAACGAAUCUGUGGAAAUGCCUGGUUUUAUAGGCGAUAUAAGCAAAACGGGCUCAGUCAUGGAAUUUCUGGAAGAUGCCGAUUUGGCCACUUUACAUCAGCCACAGUUAUCUAAUUUAUCAGAGAUGUUAAAAGAUUCAACGAAUACACAGGGGCAGCAAAAUGAUGUAGCGCCACCCAAGCCUAGAACAAGUAAAAGCAAGAGAAGUGAGGUUGUUCACACCGAUUACCAACCUGCAACUGCAAGACCAAGGUCGCAUGCAGUAGUAAAUAUUAAAACACAUGUAACCGAACGCGAAUAUACUUUGCGAAGACGUUUACCUACGCGUACUUUUUUGAGAAUUAUUGAUAACGAGCAGGCACCAACUACGCACGGUCGUAAAACUGCCUUCAGUUUCUUCCCCCUAGAAAAAACUUGGGCAGACGGAUUAAUGCCUAACACAGAAACGGAACCUCCAGGGCCUGACCGUGUUCAAUCGCUACUUGAAGAGGUCAGUGCCGGCACAUCGUCGAGUAUAAAUGUUGCACGCCAACAUGUUUCUGCAGCAUCGGUUUCAGGACUUCCUGCAUUGCAACUGGCGCAGUCACAAUCUGAAGGACCAUCAUGGCAAUUUUUCGAUGACAUUUUCGACACAAUACAGGAUAUUAGGGACGGUUUGCCUCUACAUACUGAAACUGCAGGGUAUACCACUUACAUAAUUUCUAUCUAUUGGGGUAUUCACAAUGGUGUCGUAAGUGGUAUGUCGUAAACUUCAAACGCCUAAAAGAUAUGAUAAGGGGUUCGCAAAGUACCACCAAAGUCAUAUUAUGAAUGUUUGCAGUAUUCAAAAAUAGCUGGUUGUCGUUUCAAGUUCUCUAAACAUUUAUUUAAGCUCUUCAAGUUUACGACAUACAACAAUACGACACCGUUG